AGCGUGAGCACAGGAAAGCAUUUCGAAGGACUAAAAUGAGCUUUUGUCUGUCGUCUGUCAUAAGAAAAAAAAUCCAAACGUUGUUUUCACAUAAGUUGACAGCGCCGCGUUCACAGAGGGAAGCAGCGUCCUGCUGCAGUGAGCUUUGAUUCAUAGGAACUCUGACACGCAGCAACAAAAGAACAUUUGACACUGAGAAAACUGUCAGGAGACACAGUGAAACAUCAUGACUACGCUGCUGGACCUAAAAAGUAGUGUGCUGAGGCAGGUGCAGAGGAGCCAGUCGCUAAGGAGCCGAAGGGAACCUCCUCCUCCGACUGCCAGCAGCCCCCUCACACACUGUCCUGACCCCUUACCUCGCAGGAUUUCAGAGGAGAGCGUGGAGUUUUUUGAGCGUAUGAAUGCCAUCCUGCAGAAACAGGAGAACAUGAUGCGGGCGGCCCAGGCGGAGUGCCAAAGAGGGGCCUGCACAGUUCCACCACCCCAAGAGCAUGUGGACCAGGCCUUUAUCCCCGACAGAAUCAGCAGGACAGAGCUGGACCUGCUUUAUGAGGAAGCUGUGUACACGGUGGUCAACAGGGUUGGAGUGUCCUCACCCGAACAUGUGAAAAGUGACGAUGAGCUAUUUGCUUACCUGCUGAAGGUUUUUGAUAUGGGUGAGGAAGAACAUGAAAUCAUUCUCCAAAAAGUUCAAGAAUCCAAGGUGAGAUUUGUUUGUGGUGUUCAAGCACAGGAGCGCAGGGAACAGUUCACAACCCCUCAGGGGGCCGACCCGGAGGGUGAUGGUCCAGAAAUCCAUAGUUUGUUAGAUCCGGGGGCCGGCCCGGAGGCCGACGGCACAGGAGUUCAUGAUCAAACGGUUCAGGGGGCCAGCCGUGCGGACGGCAGUGGCGGCGAUGGAGCAGGUCCGGGGGCCGCCCACAACGGCCAUGACGCCCAGCCAGUGGCCUGGAAAGUGGCCGGUGAUGUCGAGGAGAUGACCGUGGAAAAGCCAGCUGUGCUAGGCGUGGACGAGGUGGUGGCGUGGGAUCACGAUGACGACGUAUCUGUUGCUGAGGCCUGCAAAAAGCUCAAUGAAGUCAGUGGACUUCGAGGAAUGGGCAGGUAUUUUAAGCAAAUAGCAAAGUCGGUGCGUGCGAAUGGAUCUGCAUCAUCGGGCUCUGAGGAGAAUGUAGAUGACUUCCUCGGAUGCAUCAAUAUUCCUUUGAAUCGAGAGCCAUACAACUGGAAUGGGCAGGUUUCUCCUCCAGCAUGGACUGUGCUAACUCACCAUGCUGUGCAAACUGAUCUCUCACCUCUGCAACAGGCUAUUAUUCGCUGGCAGUGCUACAGCAGCCACCAUCGGACCCAGAGGGUGUGCUACUCCCUGCUGCUGCGCCUCCUGAGGACUAUCGAUGCAGAGUGGGACCCUCCCGCUGUGCGGGGAGACCUAGAGAGGCAGCUGUCAGACAGCUUCAGGCUGUACACAGAGCACUGCCUGUGCCUGAUGAAGAACAUGCGUCAGGUUUUCCCCUGCACCAGCGCUGCUGCCAUUACACGCUACGAGCUCAUGCUGAGGGGGAUUGGGUACAUGCAAAACAUGCGUGCCUUUAAGACUGUGUGUCCUCUUCGAAAUGACCUGCAUCUCGACAUCACUACUGCUAUUAAGAAAGGAACUGCUGAGUGGUACGAGAGCUUAAUCGCUCGAUAUAAACCAGAGGAAGGAACUCUGGAGGAACAGCUGAAGAAGCUGGUUCAGGUGAUUGAUGCUGCAUGUGCAGACGUCCAGUGGGCCCAGAACAUCUACAACAAACUUUUCUACAGUGCAGUGAAAGUAGAUUUCUUCAGCAUAUCAUACAGACUGUUGGAAAAGCAGGUAGCUGACGAUGUGAACGUGGCGAUGGAGCGGGUGUGUGGGACUCUCGAGCAGGAGAGCUCCAGACUGUCUCAGACAAUGGGAGAGACCAUCUUCGAGCUCUUCGUGUCCUUGAAAAUCCUCAAAGGCUUUCGAGAGUUUCUUCCUCUCAAGGAUGCUAAAAUGUUGGCCUUGACAGGUUUUCAUAACUGGUUCAAGUCCUCAAUUCACAAGUGGCUGCAGAUUGUUCACGACAGGUCCUGUGACAGGAUUCGCAAGGCAGUGGACACAGAUAAGCUUGAACCUUUGCAGCAAGCCAAGCACAGUUCCUCAGCAGUUGAAGUGACAGCUUGCUUCAGCCAGGUACGCGAGAUCUGGGUCCAGCUGGCCUGGCCAGACUCUGCGGGGGCCUUCAUCUUUGUCACACGUUUGACAGACAAUUUCUGCAGUGAGGCCGUGUGCUACUCAGAGAUGAUAACGCACAAGAUUGAGAGGAACCAGCUGGGCCGAGACCACAAGAGUUUCACAGUGCAGCUCUGCAUUGCCCUGAACAACACAGAGCAUGUGCGUGUUUUCCUGGGUCACCUGCCCCGGGACCUGGACUGGCAGGGUGUGGAGCGCGCCAUGGAGGAGUCAUGCGGGGUGGAGGGGAAAGAGCAGGUUUACAAGGCUCUGAAUGGACAGCUGUUCAACAUGGACCUGGAUCUGCAGAGAGAAGCUAAACGCCUCAUCACACUGCUCACUGACAAGAUGCUGCCUGAGCUGCGGAGGUACAUCCAGCACAUCAGCCUGUCUCCUGACUCCAUCAACAAUGAUGACGCUGUUUCCCCUCUCAUGAAGUACUUACAAGACACUAUGGUCAUCCUGACAGAAAACCUUGUAAAAGAAAAUCUAACCAGAGUUCUCCAGAGCAUGUGGGAGCUCCUCCUGCGGAUGAUCCUGGACACGGUCACUGAAAACAGGGGUGUCCAGGUGGAGUUUUACAACCGCUUUCAGUACACAGUAGAGACUCUGUUGCAGUUCUUUCAUGCUAGGGGAGAGGGUCUAUUCCUGGAAGACAUGAAGAGCGGAGACUACAAGGUCUUGGAUGAGGAGCUGAAGCUGAAUAAAUGUUCAUCCUUUGAGCUGAUUGAACAGUACUAUCUAGAGAAGAUUUCCCACCAGAAAACUCUCAAACAUACACGUUACGGUCGGAUCAGCGUGAAGUGCUAUUAUGAUGCUCCAGAGCAGCGCCUGACAGUGGAGAUCCUGCAUGCUGCCGAUAUCAUUGCGCUGGAUGCCAAUGGUCUGAGUGAUCCCUUCGUCAUAGUGGAGCUAUGUCCUCACCACCUCUUUCCUAUGGCCAAGAGUCAACGCACGCAAGUGAAGCUUAAGACGCUGCACCCAGUGUUCGAUGAGCUCUUUUACUUCCACGUCAGUCCUGAACAGUACAGGCACAGGUUUGCCUGUUUGACCUUUACUGUGAUGGACUACGAUUGGCUGUCCACCAACGAUUUUGCUGGAGAAGCCGUCGCUCCUCUCAGCGACUUCUGCUGGCCGGGGAGACCGAACGCCUCAGCGGCUGGCAAGAGCGUCCAGCCUGUCAUUCUGCAUCUGUCUCGCAGUAAACCCAGCGAGAAGCCAAUCAUGGGGAUGCUGGAAGCUCGCGUCGGGGACCGGGAGGCUCAGGAGUUUGUCCGUAGGCUGAAAGAAAUUGAGAAGUCAAUGGAGGAAGAGUAAAGGAUGACAGCGCUGCCUGUGUUGGUGUUUUCUGACCACGUCUUGCGACAUGUGCUUUUGUACUGGUACAAUGUUUACACUAUUGAAAUGAUUUUUUCCCCUCCCUGAUGUAUUGUUUGUUGAGUAAUUAUACCAAAAUGAAAAGAAAAGGAAGACAGUGAAGCAUAUUUCUGUUUUCUUACUGAAUGAACGUCCUGUCACUGUGCAACUCGAUGCUGUCUCAGUUAAACUAUAUUUUAGAAUUCAGUGGAUAGCUGAUCCUAAAUGUUACUAGUCUAUAUUUUUUGUAAUGAGGUAAUCGUUAUCUUUGUUGUAUACUCUUUGAUAUGAUAGAUUUAACAUUUUAGAACUAUUUUGUGGAAGUAGCUUACACAUCCAACAGUAUUUAGUCAAAGUCUAUACCUCAGAUAUGCUCAUUAGUUGAAGGGAAGUUUGACAUUCUUCAUGACUUUGUGGAGAUAAAUUGUGGGAAGGACUAUUAAGAAAGUAAAACCCUGAACCCGCAUUUAGUUUCCAUUUCAUAAGUUAAAUUUUAAAUAGAAAUUUGUAGUAGAACUCAUGAAAACAUAAUGCACAGCUUUGGGAAACUGCACCAGUCAUUCACUCAGCAGCAGCAGGAGGAGCAGCAGAAAGGCUUAACGUUCCCCUGAGUCACAUGCCACAGCUCGGGUUCAUUCAACUUUUCAGAUUGUUCCUCACAAAGAUUGUGAUGGGUCAGUGAAGAGACCAAAGACAGUGCUACCUUAGUGCUGGAAAGAUCUAUCCUUUGAACUCCUUCUUCCUUGGACAAACUUUCAGAUAAUGAGGGCAUCAUAUGUGCAGCUAAUCCCUAACAUUCAAUUUCAGACAGUUUUUUCUGCUUUUCUAUCUGACAUGAUGUCAUUGAGAGGGAUAUCUAUAAUAUGGUCAUCUCAGCAUAGAAGCUUUCCCCAUCUGAUGUACAAAGCUUUUGUUUCCGAGAGGCAGCCAAUCAGUAGACAGUUGGCAAAGUGAGAGGAGCUUAAAGAGCUUGUUCAUCCAGAGAUACUCUAGUAGAGUCCAAGAAUAAAGAUGCGGUUAUGAAAGAGUAUAAGAGGUUCCUGCUAAACAGACAGUUGGUUCAUUUAGACAGCAGAUAUCCCAAGGAGGAAAUAACUCCUAAUAACAUUUGUACUCCCGAAGUUCAGCGUUAUUAAGAAGUCUGGUUUACGGUAGGGGGUGUUGUUACAUUAAUGCGUCACACACAUGUCGACUUAUUAGUCACUUAUUAUUAGGAUCUGAUAUCCGAGGCAGCGUGGUUGGGAGAUGGAGAGUAGAGCUUAUGAAAACAGCAACACUGAACUCGCUGCACAUUCAAAAUUCUAAUGUAGGAGCGAGCUAUUGAAAAGCACAGUCAGGAGAGCAAUGGUAAAAAGUGGUGUCCCUCUCUGUUACCUUAGUAAUGCUUUUAUCCACAUCUUCUCAAGUGUGGAAAAUCAUGCAAUCAAGCCCACUCACUACCAAAAGACUUCCACGGGGGCCACGGGGAAUUGCAGAGUGGAAUUGCAAAGAACAGUCGAAAGAGAGAGGCAGGACCCCUUUUUAAAGUUUUCGUUAUUAAACAUGAUAAAUUAGUUGUUGUUGUUUUUUCAACUGAGUACAUGUGAAAUCCUUAAUAACUAUUACUCUUUGCUACUCUGCUAGCAUUUUAAUGGUUAUCUAGAUCAAGCUGAUGGGUGGGGGAAUAUAUCCCCUGACAUCCUCAAAAAGUAAUACACUUUGUGGCACAGUGUGUGGCCCUAAGCCCUGAUGAAAGAGGUUAAAAAAUAUUCAUUAGGUGAAACAGUAGUGUUCAGAAAACCAUCAAACAUCAAAAGAUCUCCAUUGAUCACAUUUGAACUCCUACUCAUCGUAGUCCUUUUGCGAGGAAAAGAAAUGAACAUUAUGUCGUGUUCUGAAGUUUAAUCUCUUGAGGUCAAAAGGAAAUAAGGUUAAUGAACCUGCGCAGUGGCUUAAUCAUACUUAAGGGGUAAAGCAAGCCCUCCUUACCAGCAGCUGCUCUCAUGUGGCUGACAGAAAUAACACUAGCCAGUCUCUCAAAGCUGUGCCAGUAACGGAGAGGUUAGGAUGUUAAGGUGAGGGUUAAACCACACCCAGAAAUCCAGCCACUAUUUAUCUUGUUAACCACAUGGGAUUGUUGUUAUAUUUUUAUGCAACUUUAAGAUUAACAAACCAUUUUAUUUAAAAUAUAUAUAUAUAUAUAAUAAUGGAGUAUUCUCAAUUUCACACUCAUUUAAUUCUAAAGGGCUCGUUUCCUAGGAAGGUUGAAAUAAAAAAUUAUCCAAUUAUGCUUUUAAAAAGAGGCUUUUUUUAGUAAACCUCAUAUUUACUUUUAAAGGUGAGGUUGCGGAUUAAUGAGCUUAAGCUUAAUCAGUCUUUAGUGUUAGAGGUCUGGUGACAUUGAGAAUAAUAUCAACAACUCAAGCCAUCUUUCAGCAAACAAAUUUUUAAAAAAGGAGCAAAACAUUGAAAACGAGCGGAGUACUUUGCAAAGAAAUCAGCCGCCCCUCAUUUGUUUGACUUUUGCUAGGAAAAUGAGAAAUACAUGCAGACAUUUGUUGAAGCAUGUCUUAUCACACCUGGAAAUACAACAUAUUUUAAAAGUCAGUACUUGCUAUGACCACCUUUAUUCUUCGACACAAGCCAAAUUCUCUUAGGCAGCUUUCUUGUUUUUUCUUUAAGUUGUCUGCUGGAAUAGUUCUCCAGGUUUCUUGAAAAUGUUAAGGUCUGACUCAACACUAAUUCCACACCUUGAGAUAUGAACCUUUUUUUUAUGCUUGCAUGAGUCAAUUUAUAGGUUCAUAGGUCAGUAUUAAGUGGCUUAACAAACAAGCAGUCAAUGUCAAAAGAAAAAAAUCAGAAAGAGCAUCAGAAAGGCUGGAGAACUAUUGCUCAAGACCACUUGAGUCUCCAAGGAAGGAAAAUAAAAACAAAUGAGGGGUGGCUCAAGAGUUCUGCCGAGUACUGUACCUUUAAUUAUUUUCAUUGACAACCAGAACUUUUAAAUUGGAGGUUUAAUGCUAUAUUUUUCUAGGAAAUUGCCCCCUAAUAUCGAAAAAUGUAGCUCAAGUUUUACAGUUGUAAUGCACUAGAAACUCUGAACAGUCAUCUGCUGUUGUAACAAGCUACUUUCAGCUGCUCCCUUGGUACAAGGGGUCACCACAGCGGGUAGUUCUGCGUGUUUGAUCUGGCAGAGUGCUUCAUGUCAGUUGCCCUUCCUGACGUGACCCCAAAGGAGAUUUGAGACCUAUGUUAAAAGCAUUUAAAAAACAGGAAUACAUUCGGGGUAUUGGAAAGUAUUAAAAUCGCAGUUCUAAUUACGAAUGGAACCUUUUUUAGACGAGAUAGCGGGAUCACAGAGUAGUAACAGAGGUGUAGUGAAGAAACACUGAAAAAACACUGUAGCAAGUACUUAGCACCAAAAUCUUCACACCGACAGCAUUUUGAUAGUGAUGUAACUUUACAGUAGCUGCUUGUGUAGUGCUUUGUCGUUAACCUGUGGAGUCGUGAGGAUGAAGCACCCAAAAAACCAUAUCUAUGCCUGGAGAGUGUGCUGCAUUUACAGGCAUUAUUAAAGCGUUCGAUAAGCCUGCCUUACAAACAGGAGCUGGGAAUGCUUUCAGUCCAUCUGAAUAGCACUUGCCUUUACAUUUAGUUCUUAGGAUAUUUCAGGUAGAAUAGUGUUGGCGUUGUUGCAGAAAAAAGAAAAAAUCACCCAGCAUCUCCACUGUUAAGUCUGCAGGUUUUCAUAGGCGUGAUAAAAGGAUGUAACUGUGAUAUUUGAGUGAGUACCAGUGUUGCGAUUAUAUUUUCUCCGUAUUAUUUUACAACCAGUUCUUCUGGCCAGAUGUUUACAAAGAAAAAUGCAACCUCAUUUUGAGCCUAAGCAACUAUUUUAAAGUCAAAUAAAUGUUAUAUGAUAAAUCUUAUAUUGUAGGAUCAACAUGCAGGAGUAAGUUGCAUAUUUAUAGUCAAAUUAAAACUAACACUGAUGAUUUUAAAUUUAAAAAAAAGAAGCAAAAACCUUUUUUUUUUUUUUUUCCAGAAUGUAGUUGAAGAACGCAACUAUAUUUUCCAGUUAUUAAAGAUUUGUCUAUACUCAGUCACAGUUUUGUAAAUUUCCUAACGUUGCCCUUAGACAGGCAGAUCCGGUCAGUAUUAUUAUGGAUUUGUUCUGCUGAUUAUUCAGAAGCAAAUGAAACAUUUUGGUCGUUAAAUGUUCAGUUAAGUCAAAGUGUUAACAUAGUGUUUGGUUCAUUGAAAACGAUGUAAAAUGUUUAGUUCUGAAUAUACAGGAAGUGUGGCAAAGGAAAUCAGACUGUGAAUCAACACACCGUCAUUAUGACCUAGUGUCAUGGCUUAGCCAAUAGGUUAUUUAAACUAUUAUGUGAUAUGUUGCUGAGUUGAGUACUUUCUUUGGUCGUUUCGAUUCAAAGGCACUGCUGGUGAAAAGUAUCUGCAAGAGGCAAAACUCUUUCAAUUUGUUAUUGUGAAAGUGAAUUAUUUGUCCUUGAAUUGUAAAUGCCUGUGUUGCUGUUUAUUGGAUUAUACCUUUGGGAAAUGUCUACAA